GUCAACACCACAGACUACCACAAUAAUUUGAUUUCGAUUUUCGACUGAAAUUUUCAUUUUCAAUAUUUUCAUUGGUUUAAAUAAAGUCAUACAUUGGUCGUGAAUCAUGGCAAAACAAAUAGCAGAAACUGCGAAAAAAUUUCUUCUGUUGGGCCAAUGCGUUCCCACAGUAAAGCAAAAUGCUGCCAAAAUAAGGGUGAAGAGGUUAGAAUUGGAUGAAAAUUUAUUGAUGUACUUCAGAAAGGAUGAAUUUUACUACUGCCAUGAUCCUGAAAAACUUUGCAAAACUGGAGACAUAGUUCUGAUAAAAGCACUACCUCAGAAGUUGACUAAACUCAUCACACAUGAAGUAAAAGAAGUAGUGCACCCAUUUGGUGACAUAACAGACCCUGUAACAGGUAAGAAAGUGGCGAAAGAACGCUACAGGGAUGAUGUGGAGAGGGAAGCUGCAUUAUAUGGCAAGCUGAAGUCUACAUUUGAUUACACUAAAGCACCACCAAGAGGUUGGCAAGAUGGUAAAAAAGAUUUCACUUCCAAGCCGACAUAUACCAAGUUUCAUGUUUUUGAUGAGAAUGAUCCUUAUGCGAUUUAAUAAAACUAUGUAUUUGAUAAUUUAGACUGUAAAUAUAGCAUUAUUAGAGAGUA